UAUAAUCUAGACAAUGUUGUGAUUUGUAGUUGUUUUGUGGUUAUGAAAAUAAUAGGGAUGCCGUAACUUAUCGCUCCUCAGGAGUGAAUUACGAAUAUUAUGAAUCUUAGGUUUGCGUAGCCUACCAAUUUUUAGCCCUGCAGCGCCCUCUGAAGGAAAUCACUUUUUCAUGCUGGACCCUCAUUAACACUGAAGAGUUUAAAUCCAACGUCAAGGUCAAACUAACAAACAAACAAAUGAAUAAAACUGCCACUCACAGCAGUAUUUACAGUAAGGGAGAGUGGAGUAUGUUUACACAACCCCAAAUGACGUCACCCAAGGAAACGUCAAAUCAAGUUUCAUCACUCUGUAAAUGAUACUCAAAAAUGUCUUGCUGUACGUACAGUAACUGCUAUUUCCUCUGUAUCAAAGUCAGUGGCAGGCAGCAUCUCACUCACAACGCGUGCAUAAACACUUAUGCUCAUCAUUAUCACUUCCUACACGUGCAGCUGAACGUUUAUUACCACGUUCACGGGGAUUGAAAAGAGAGUCUGGGCUGAUUUGACAAAUAGAUACGGAGACUGAUGACAUGAACAGUUAUUCUGAGUAAUUCCCGCGAUCAUCUGGAAUAAGAGCUUUCCAGUGACCAUGAACAUAACCGGUCCAACAAACCACACAAACAGCUGUGAACCACCUUACGAGGAAGAAAAUCCACUUCCAUUAGUGGUUCUCUACAGCACUGUCCUCACAUUAGGCCUGCCUGCUAACCUGAUCACAGUCUUCCUCACGUUCCUCGAAGUGUGCCGGAAGAACGUCCUAGGAGUCUACCUCUUCAGCCUGUCAGUGUGUGAUCUGAUGUAUCUAGGUACACUUCCACUCUGGGCCAUUUACAUCAACAGAGGUCAUCACUGGGAGUGGGGUUCUCUGACCUGUAAGUUCACCGGCUAUGUGUUCUUCAACAACAUGUACAUCAGUAUCUUCUUGAUGUGCUGCGUUUCCGUGGACCGCUUCGUUGCGGUGGUCUACGCCAUGGAGUCUCGAGGUCUGAGAAAGAUGAGGCAUGCCAUUAUCAUCAGCGUUGUGAUUGUGGUGGUCGUUGCUGUGGGACACGUGCCGGUUUUCACCAUGACAGAGGGCGACUCUGAGAAAAUAAAGGAGAAGCGGUGCUUCGAGCCAAGCGACCCCUCUGUCGUAGUGACGGGACUCAACUAUGCCCGCUUCUUCAUCGGUUUCUUCAUCCCGCUGUGCAUUCUAACAGUCACCAACUUGGCCAUCAUUGCUAAAGUUCGAGCUAGCACUGGUUUGAAGCCACGGGCCAAAGUCAGAAUUCGUAACUUGGCCUUAGCCGUCAUCUUGUUCUUCUUAGUCUGCUUCACGCCGUACCAUGUGAUACUUUUGCUACGUGCCAUCAAUUUCCACUUCUCCAAUGGGAAAUGUGACUUUGAAAGAAGUGUCUACACACCAUAUACAAUCUCUCUGGGUCUGUCUACCAUCAACAGUGCCAUAAACCCUGUUUUCUAUGUGCUUAGCAGCAACAGUGUUCAUAAGAAGAUCCACAAAGGCCUACAAGGGUUACGUAGCAGCUCAAGAUCUUCUUCUUUUGCAUGAUCUCUUUUGUUUCCAUAGCUGGGAUUUUGUAGCCUGUACAACAUUUCAAUGUUUAGUAUUUAAAUAUGAAAUGUUUCUGUUAUGCUUGUUCAUUAAAAUAAAAUGUUAUUGACCUUAUUAUGGAUGAUUCAUCUGUGCCAUAUGUUUACUGUUUUUUUUGCCCUUGUAAUUUUUUAAUUAAAAAUGUCAUAAUCUUUUGGUGAAGCAACUUUUCUCUAGUGACAUAUGGCAGAUUUUUUUCUUUCUUUUUUUCAUUAGUACUAGUAUUUGCCAUCUUAUAGAUCUUAGCAAAGUCCAAGUGUGAAAUAGACGUUUUUGAGUUUAAUGCAUGAAGCCACAGACACGUAACGAGGAAAUGGUUAGAGGUUAAGUUAGGCGCUGAUGUGCAGAAAAAGAGGAUGUCUUUCUGUUUGCAGGUGACAGUCUAGACACGUAUGGACUGUGUGCCUGCAUUUAGACACGUAGUAACACACAUAAACAUAUGAGCUUGACAAUGGCUUAUUUUUUUUUACUGAUUUAAAGGAUAAGUUCACUGAUUUUUAACCAGCUUUGUAAUGUAAUGUCAACUGUAAUAAUGUUUACAAUGUCAGUACACGAACAAUGUGUUACCUGCACUGUAUUUGUGUAUUCGGAGUGCAUUAUGAGUGUUGAAGUUUUCCUUUUUGGCCACUGCCAUUUUUUUUUUUUUUCUACAUAAACAGUGAACUUUUAUUAAAAACCCAUCUGUUACCCUUCAUUAAUUGAUUACAUAUAAAAGGUGAACAAAUGCAUCAGUUUGAUGAUUCAUUUCUCUUUUAAACUCCUAGAAGUUUAUGUAUUUGGAAGAAUACAGUGAAGAAUCAGGACUUGAUGCAUGAAAUGUUUUGUAGUGGUGAUGACUUUGAGCAUGAGAACGGAUGCUUAAAUGUGUGUUUGUAACUUGUAUUUUCCAUGACCUUUAACUGUUUGUGACCUUCCCAUCUGCUAGGUUGUAAUAAAAGGUAGAGCAGUUCUGAUUUUUUUUUGUUUUGAGGUGAACACACUGAAUGACAGGAAGUUAGAGAGAAUCAUAAACCAGGACUGCCACAAAAAGCUAAAUGUAGCAAUCUUUAAGUUUUUAAGGGGAAGGUGUAUGAUGGCAGACUAAAUCAGGCAAAAGGCUUAAACUCAACCAAUUUGGUGACAAAUUGUUGAUGUAUUUAAAUGGUCUUGAUAUGAAAUUAAAGUAAGAUUAUAUUUUUUAAACAUAGAUUAUUAUUAUAAUUAUUUUUUAAAUGGAUAUCCCACCAAA